AUGGCGCCGGCUAUGGAGCCACCUGUGUUUGGAUUGGAGGAGUUGGCAAUGAUUUCAGCUUCACCGUCACCUCAAUGGACUCCAGGUAGCCCUCCUCCAGCUCCUAGGAGGCCGACGCCGACUUUGUUGCUGAAGGCGAUUCAGAGUGGCUCGGCGCAGCAGGUGAGCGCAUUUUUGGAGAUCUCGCCCGAAAGGGCAACUUGCGACGAGACUUUGGACCCCCCUUUGUGCACAGCCAUUGAGAUCGACCUGAAUAAGGAGAUCGUACGAACCCUUCUGAGCUUCAACGCAGAUGUGAACUGCUUUAGUUGUGAUGGCAGGAAUCCUUUGCAAAUUCUACUUGAUGCUGUCGCAUACAGGAGCGCAGAAGAUCUGCCGAGCCUGUCCGGUGACGGAGACUGGACCUGGAUGGGUGAUGGGUCUGGCUGCGGCGACAUCGCAAGGCUGGGCAGUUCCUUCGCGAUGAAGGAGAUACGCCAGAUGGAGGAUGAUGCGAUUGCUGUCGCGUCGAUUCUCCUAGCAGCUGGAGCCCGGCUGGAGGAGGAAGAAACUGGGAUGAAACAUGCUCAAGGUGUGGGAUGCAGGCGUUUGGAUCAGUUUCUGAAGUUUUACGCUCCGGUUCAGUCUUACUUUGUCAUCAGCCGAGCAAUGCGACCCAAGAACGGCGCUGCAAUGCCGUGUCAAUGGCUAAGGACCGACGACUUGUUGAGUCAUGUCUUCUGCUUCCUUCUACCUGAGGAGAUUGAGAACGCGUUGAAGUCCUUGACCUCGCGGCUUUGA